AUGGGUUGUCAGCUGGGUAAACUGGCUGCGUCUGAGCGUAGGUCGAACAACCAGGUUCUGACUGAUGGACCGCCUCCAGCGACGGACCCGAGGCUGCCCCUCACCGCGAAGCAGAAGUACUCGAUGCUGGCUUCGUGGAAGGGCAUCUCUAGGGCUAUGGAGAAAACUGGAAUAUGCAUGUUUAUAAAAUUGUUCGAAGAGAAUCAAGAUCUGCUUAACAUGUUCGAGAAGUUUCGUCAAUACAGGACGAAGGAUGAACAGAUAAAUUCAAUGGAAUUAGCUGAACAUGCGAACAAUGUGAUGAACACGCUGGACGAGGGUAUAAAGACAUUAGAUGAUUUAGACAACUUUUUUGAAUAUAUACACCAAGUUGGAGCGAGCCACAGGCGGAUACCUGGUUUUAAAGUUGAAUAUUUUUGGAAAAUUGAGACUCCGUUCCUCGCAGCAGUCGAGUCAACCCUCGGUGACCGAUACACGCCGAACGUAGAAAACAUCUACAAAAUAACAAUCAAGUUCAUCCUGCAGACUCUUGUCGACGGAUAUGAGAAAGCAGCCUCCAAAGCGAACCCAACAUGA